AAACCUUCUACAGAUUUGGGGCCAUGAAAGAAGCAUCUCUGAAGAAAUUUUGUAGAGCGCAAAAGCUGCCACAGGGCUGGGUAAAAGGCCAGACAAGAGGAACCCUCCCACACAAGAAACUGUGACCACACCAAGAGCCAGGAAAGUGCUGGGGGUGAAGGUUAAACAAAGCACUCAUGCAAGCACCAGGGGAUUUAUGGAGCGCAACUACUAUUCCUAAGUUCAAUUAAACUAUGACGCCAGAAAAUUCCCACCCAGAAGAAUACAGGAUUGCAUCACUGGUCUUCUACAGCUUUGUGUUCACAGUGGGAUUGCUGGUGAAUGCCACUGCACUAUGGGUGUUCAGCUGCACUACCAAGAAGAGAACAACUAUAACUGUAUAUAUGAUGAACGUUGCAUUACUUGACCUGUUUUUUAUCUUUUCCCUGCCUUUCCGGAUAAUCUACCACGGGACAGAAGCGUGGCCUUUUGGAGAUACGUUCUGCCGGAUCCUCGGGGCUUUCACUGUCUUUUACCCAGCCAUUGCUCUGUGGCUGCUCGCUUUUAUCAGCGUAGACAGAUUUAUGGCUAUUGUCCAACCCAAACAUGUCAAAGAACUAAAAAAUACAAAAAAAGCUGUGCUGGCUUGCACUGGAAUCUGGAUAAUGACCCUCUCAACAACAUCCCCGUUGGUGUUUUUACGAUCUGAUCCAGACCAAGCCUCAAAUUUCACCACCUGCCUGAAAAUGCUUGAUAUCAUCCAUUUAAAGGAAGUAAAUACACUGAAUUUUUGUCGCUUAAUUUUUUUCUUUUUGACCCCCUUGUUUAUCAUGAUGGGGUGUUACCUUGUCAUUAUUUAUAAUUUUAUUCAUGGCAAGACUUCCAAACUGAAGCCUAAGGCAAAGGAGAGAUCCAUAAGAAUUAUAGUUACUCUGAUUGCUCAGGUACUCAUCUGCUUUGUACCCUUCCACAUUUGCUUUGCCUUCCUGAUGCUGCAAGAUGAAAAUACAAGUUACAAUCCCUGGGCAGCCUUUACCACCUUCCUCAUGAAUCUCAGUACAUGCUUGGAUGUUAUACUGUACUACAUUGUUUCCAAACAAUUCCAGGCAAGAGUCAUCAGCGUAAUCCUUUAUCGCAAUUACCUUCGAAGCGUGCGCAGGAAAAGUUUUCUAACUGGAAGUGUAAGAUCACUCAAUAAUAUGAACAGUGAAAUGAUAUAAAAAGACAAAAAAUGUCAGGGGACUUUUACAAUGCAAACAAGGGAUUCUUUUUCCAAAUUCUAGCACUUGGCUACACAGAAGGAUGUUCUAUAACCAAAGGUAACAGAUAUAUUUGUUGCAUUGUAAAAAUGACAGAAGCAGAAUAAUAAUUGGACCUCUUUUUAUCUGCUCAACAUCUUUUGUUGUUUCACCUGAAAUGAACUAAUACCUAGCAUCAGUGUUAAACUUUCCAAUGCUUUUAUCACCUCAAGCGACUAUGAAUAUUGACAGAUGUGAAAGUGACUAUUAAUAUAAUAAAGCAGACAACACUGAAGAAUUAUGAUGAAUUGCAUAUAUGAAUUUUUUAUAUUUGCAUAAUCAAAUGCUCCUGAA